CCGACUCGAAAGCAACACCGCGCUUCCAGUGACUGCGCGAAAUUUUUCCGACGAGGCUAUCUUUUCUUAGAUGUGAAAAGGUCGAAUUGAGCGACCGGACGUGCGAAAAUCCCGACCAGGAACGAAGGCCAUUGACUCGACACCAAACAUCCCCAGCCCUUUUCGUCGGUCCCUGACAUGACCGUCACUGUUUUGGCGACGCCCACCACCACCACCACCACCACCACUACAGCUAAGACGAAGCGUCGUGGACCAUUACUGGCUAUCGAUAUGGCUACGUCCCAGGCGCAGGCGCGUCCUGCGGCGCCUGGAAGAGGCGGGGGCAGACGAUCGAGUCGGCGGCUGAGUAAACAGGAUAAAGGCGAGGAGAAUGCGACUGCGACUGCGAAUGGUACAAGUGCUGGGGAGAAGAAGCGGAAGUUAGUACCUGUUGAUGAGGAAGAAGACGAUGGUUUCCAAUUUACGCGCAUCGCGACAAAGAAGCCCAAACCGUCGACGGAAAAAGUUCAACCUGCACUUUUGCCGGCAAUCUCGCAUCUGAAUACAGCGCCGCAGCCAUCUCCGAGAAGGGGUCGACCACCGAAGAAGAAGGUGGUGGAGGAGAAGGUGGAGCCUGCUGCGGUUGCGAUGGAGACUACUAUGGAGACCACGAAAACGAGACGAAAAACGAAGCAGAGCGAGGGAAUGAGCAAGAGGACAACACGGGGAGCCGCGAAGGCGAAGGAGACCCAGCCUGAGCCUGAACCCGAGCCUCAACCGGAUCCGGAGCAAGAACCGGAGUCGCAACCUCCAGCCCAGGCGCAGCCCGAGCCACAGCCAGAACGCGCAAAACGCUCGACGCGAAAACGAGAUCAGUGGGAAACGGUUCCCUUGGAGAAGAAGCGGAGGAAAGGCCGACCUAGUAACUCCAGGAAGGAGGAACAGCAGAAACAACAACAGCAGCAGCUGACGCCGCAGCCGGAACCAGAGCCUCAACAACACCCACGACGAGCGUCGCUUCGCAAUGGGUAUGUGUCUCCAGAGCCGCCGCAGGCUGGCACGGCCACGAUUUCAUUGCCGUUGGCCGACACGCCGGUCAUACAGAGGAAUCGGGAGAUGCGAGGGAAGAAGUCCGUGAAGGGGAACAACCGCCGGAGUAGUCUGGGGAUGCGAGGGCGGCGAGCGAGCUCGCUGAUCGACUCUGGGGCGUCCAACGCGUUACCACAUAAGAAGGUCAACACGGCGGAUUUCUAUAAGCAUAUUGCCGCAGACCUAACGGAGCCGCGCCGAAUGCGGCAGCUUUUGAUCUGGUGUGGUACUCGAGCCAUAGGCGACAAGCCUUCUGGGUCGCGCUCAGAGGAUGAGAGCGCUCGGCUAGCGGCACGUGUUAUACAGGAGGAACUACUCAAGGACUUUGAGUCGAACUCCACACUCUCUAAUUGGUUCGAACGGGAAGAGCUGGAUCCUCCCGCGGUGGUGGUCAAGAAGGAGAACCCGAAGAACAUCCAGAAUGCGGACAAGAUCAAGGAAUUGGAGGAAUUAAUACAGAGGCUACAAAAAGAGCGGCAUGCUCUCAAUGCUCUGUUACGACCGCCGGAUAUUCCCCGUAUCAAAAAACAGCCGCUCGAGACAGAUCCCAGCCAAUCUUCACAACUAUCAUCAUCCAAACCUGCCGAGCUGAUCGAUUUAUCGGUACUACACCCGUCUCAGCAGAGAAUAUAUGCCCAGAUCGACCCGGAGACGGUCAAACAACAAGAACAACCACCUCAACCACAACCAUCACAGUCGACGGACGGCGAACCCAUGGACACCGACCCGCCAUCAGCAGCAGCAACAACAGCAACAACCUCCGCAACAGAUACCUUCCUCCCUCCAAUGUCCCCCACCACCAUCUCCACCCGCCUCUCCCGCGUAACCAGCACCCUCGCCCCGACACUCGACUCCCUCGCCGCCGGCAUCCACAACCUCGAACUCUACCGCUCGACCUCGGACGCCGUCUCCUCCCAGGUCCUGCGUAUCUGCGCCGAGCGCCUGGAAGCCCGCGACGCCCGCAACAGCAUCCGCCGCUCGGCCAGCACCGACUCGGUGGCCGACCACAAGGACCUCAGUCUCCGGCCCCGACCCAAGGAAGACCUAGGCGUGAUACUGGGGGCAUUGAGCCGGGUAGAACGACGAGCGUGAUAUGUAUGGUUGCGUACGAUACGAGGGAGUGGAAUUGCAAAUAUUCUGCGGGCAUUUCUAAGGGGAGUUUCACUUUCUAGCCCGAUUUUUCUCUUUCUC